UAUGGCAGUGCCCCCCCUACUGUAACAGCCAUUGUCGUCCCGCUCUCUGCUUCAUCAUCAUCGCCAUCUUCAUUUUCUCCUCCUCCAUCCUCUCCAUCGUUCUGUCUCUCUCUCUCUCUCUCUCUCUCUGAUUCUGUGAAGGACUGUGAUUUGUGGGUAUUCUGGAAUAAUGCAAGAGCAGGCGACGAGUUCGAUUGCGGCGAGCUCUCUGCCGUCGAGCAGCGAGAGGUCGUCGAGCUCAGCUCUCCAGCUCGAAGUCAAAGAAGGACUGGAGAGUGAUGAAGAGAUCAGAAGAGUGCCGGAGAUGGGACGUGAACCGGCGGGAGCUUCGGGGGCUGGUCGAGAGGCUACUGGUUCAGCGGUUGCAGGUCCCGACCGGACUCAGCCUGCUGGUCAGAGCCAGAAGAAGAGAGGGAGGAGCCCUGCUGAUAAAGAGAACAAGAGGUUAAAGAGGUUGUUGAGGAACAGAGUUUCAGCGCAGCAAGCGAGGGAGCGGAAGAAGGCCUACCUGAACGACUUGGAGGUGAGGGUGAAGGACUUGGAGAAGAAGAAUUCCGAGCUCGAAGAGAGACUUUCUACUUUGCAAAACGAGAACCAAAUGCUCAGACAUAUACUGAAGAAUACUACAGUGGGCAGAAGAGGAGCGACUAGUGGUCCUAAUGCCGACGGGUCUUUGUAAGGGACAGAUUUUGUGUUUCUUCUUUUCUAAUGAACUAUACGAUGAACCCUAGGCAUUAGAGAAAUGAUAGAAUCUUUGACUAAAAUCUUGUGAAGUUCCUGAUAAUAGAGAGAAGAAUUCGAGUCUGCUUUCCUGGACGCCAAUAGUGAAGGUUGUUCUUAAACUGAUCAUAAGUGGAGAAGCCUUCCAGCUUAAGAUUCAAUAACAGAUGAAUGAUUAUUCGACAUGAUUUCUGCA